UGGGUUUGGGUGGAGUGAAGUUGGACAUGUGCUACACACGUUUUUUUUCCUUCUGAAAUUAGCCAGGGAGCGCACAAUGUCAUAGCAGCAAGACCAUACCAAUUCUAAAAGAAGCCUGAUUUUGUCAUAGAAAACGAGCAAACAUAAAGCAAGAAUGUGUGAUGUCAGUGAAGAAUCGUUGCUGGAUUAUUUCUAUUCAGCCGGAGGGAAAGUAAAAAAUGCGGAUUUAAUGAAAACAUACAAGCCUUUCAUUGGUCAUAACGACAUGCAGCUGCGUGGUAAGUAGCAGUACAUUGUAUCGAAAAUGUAGAAUUUCAAAAUGAUUUCAACGAAACGGCAACAGUUGCUCUCAUCAACUGCUUUGCGAUGGUGACUUGACGCGAGAUCACUGUUUCUCGUCCCGUGCGACAUCUGUCAUGUAUGUAGCUGUCACAAUAAUAAAUUCUGUGUGGUCCAGACACAUCAUAUGAUCAUAUACAAUGAAUUCCUUUACAACAAUUCUAUUUCAUGAAUAGUUUUCCCUCAAACCCAUUCGUUUAUCAUUGUUCCCAAUUCCCAGUCGGGUAGCCUAAACUAAACAUCUGCUUUACAUUAAAGGUCCUAUAAACAGAACAAUUACACCAGGAAUUCUGUCAUUUCCUUUCCGAGACCAGUUAUAGCUGCUUGAAUUCUUCAGUGCCUGCUACCCAAGCCUUGCCUCAGACCCAGACCACACCAACCAACUAUUUUCACCAUUGGACUUUGGUAUUCUGUUGUGCCAUUACAACAAUGAUUCACCCUGAUAAAUAGUGUGAUUAUGGUGCUGCCUUUUAAUUAAUAGCAUUCAGCCCCAGAAUCAUGAACACAACUCGGCAUUAUCCUGAAACCUGAGACUGUUACAAUUUUAUUUGUACAACAUACAUUUUCUCCAAUGUCCUCCCCCAAAUUGUAACUGAAAUGACAAUAUUGUCUCCUUACAGUGACAUAAGAAGAUGUUAUGCUUUACCAAUCAUUUGCCAUGCAAUCCACCAGGGCAUUAUCCCUGCUUGGUACUGGAUAAAAUAACUAGGCCCUAACAUGUUUGACAGGCGCUAGAUAAAUGAAUGAUUAUCCAAUGUGACCUUGUAUUACAGUUGUACCAGUUGUACUGUCCAGAUGCUAUCUCAGUGGUACAGUUGUUGACAGACAGAGGUUUCCAAAUAAAGCUGCUUUGAUAUUGUGCCAUCUGACAUGGCUGGAGUGUCCAAUUAUGAAAAUGAUUUCCAUUACAUAGUUCCAGUACUUAGUCUUUAUAACGACAUGUGUUCCCUUCUUUAAUGGGCAUGAUUGCACGAUAAUAGUGUUUUAAUCAUAAUGCAAUAAUUUAGGCCACAUGCACCACCAGCACAACUAGAUCGCUAAUGGAGUGCUCUUUUAUUACUUUUGAAUAAAAUGGGGACAUCGUGGGAAAGUUAUAGCUAACAUUGCUCUGUCUAUCCAGUUGCUAUGGCUAUCUGUCUACCUUUUAGCUAAUGAAUGACUGAAUAUGUAAACUGUCGCCCCUGUACUACUAAGCCAGGAAUUAUUUUGUUGAUGAGAUGCAAGUGGCCACUUCCUCUGGAUUUCCUGUUUUUGUGGAUGUGAAGUUGUGAGCGAUGCAACUGUCUCAUUCUAAAUGUUUUUUCCCCUCCCUGCUGCUGUCAGGGAAAAGGAAAUAACUAAAUUGUUCAGACCUAUAUUCUUACAUACCUAAACAUUCUUUCAAACACAGGGCUUCAGCCAUUAGUAUUGUCUGUUGAACUAAGAUGGCCUAUGUUAAGUGGUCUGGUUGGCUGUAGUAAUAGAUAGAUACAUUCUCAGAAACAGUAGCCUAUACAAACUGACGUCUGUCAGCAUCUAGUCUGAAAAUAAUUUCACAAACCCAGUUGUAUCUGUCGGAGAGGGAGUUAAACAGUUAACUAUUAUAAUAGCCAUCAAUUUGCUGUUUGUUUGGGUUCCCAUAGGAAAGCUUUAAUACUGCAGAAAUAGACAGAUAGUUUGGGGUUGGGCUUUUUGGAGAUGAUGUGAGAGAAGAGUUGUUUUUAUCUCUGCCUGCCUCAUGUUGGCAGAGAGAGCCCUGGUUUCCUCUUUGUCCCUUUUCCCAGUCAGUGACUUUGUUCUGAGAUGAUUGUUUUGCAACUCGAGCGGUGUUUGGCCUGCAGAGGAAUGAAGAAUAAAAGCCCCUCCCUCCUGGAGCCCCUGUGGUGUGCCCCAAAUUGCACCCUAUUCCUUAUAUAGUGCACUACUUUUGACCGGAGCCCUGGUCAAACGUUGUGCACUAAAUUGGGAAUAGGGCGUCAUUUGGGACGCAGACCUCUGCAGGAAGAGGAAAGAUGAUGAAGUAACAGGGAGGGCAGAUCAACCACAAGCCUUCACAGGCCACACAUUUAAUCUCAAAUAGCCAUCAUGCAUUCUUCAGGCUCAAUAGGUCUACGUCUUGGAAUGCCAGAGUGAUUCAAUAGCCUGAUUUAGAGAGGAUAUGACUUGUCAACUAGAUAGAUCUAAUCAAUCGUAAGAUAACACUUAAUCCCAUUAGAGUUAAUUCCAUAAGAAAGCUAUUACUACACUUGUAAUAGAGUAUUGUUAGACCAAAUGAUAUGGCUUUUCUCUCUCUAACCCCCUCAGAGAAUGAAAGUCUGGGGUUUUGGGAGAAAACAAAAAGUGAUAUCAUGUUUUUGAAACUUGAUAUGCCAACCAUAAAGAUCCUAUUAAAUUACUAGAGGGGAUAUUUUAUAAACCACAAAUUUCCAGAAUAGGGUGAAAAUGGCAGCCAUCUUGGCCAGGGAGAAAUCCAAAAGUCUAAUUGGAAUGAAUGGCAGUAGAGGCAUAGGUGAUGCAUUUCCUGCUUUUACUUAUGCAGAAAAAAUAAAAGUAAGGCAUGUGAUGUAUCAGAAAUUGUGUAAUGGAAUUAUGGUAAACCUAAAAUCUUGUCAUAUAAUAAAAAUACAUUUUAUAGAGGUUUUAUGCACAUUUUCUGUAUAAAUAGCCUCUAAAAUAUAUGUAAACAGACCAUAACUGUCUCAUAUUAUGUUUUUCUUGGAAAGCUGUGAGUGCUAUUAUAUGAUACAAUAUCAGUACUUGUUGCAUUUACAACUUGUCUAAGUCCUAUUAUAAACUGAUUUGAGCCAGUGUAUAUGGCUGUGAAUUGACGGCAUUGUUUGAAGGGAAUGUUGGCAUAUUGGCAGUAAAUUAGAAAUAUUUAUGGAACCAUUCCUCUAAAACUAGCUGGCUAGCUAACACAUAUACAGUGCAGAUAAAGAUUUUGACCAACUCCCUGACCAACAUGGCUGACUUUUGGACCAUCAUAAGAAGGUUCAUGCCCAUUCUAGUAUUCUAAUUCCUAAUUCUAUGAUGCCAACAUUGUUUCUUUUCCCCAGCCAAAUACAGAGAGGAGUUCAAACAGAUCAUUGACAGGAUUGCUGUUGUGAAAUCAGAGAACGUAAGUGAAAUAGGAGAACUUCUGACCAUUUGUAGAAAGUGUGCUGUUAUAAGUGUGCAUAGUUCUUUAAUGUUCCACACUCAAAUUAAGUUGCCUUCCCACUAUCUAUACUCAGCCAUGGUAGUUCAAUUGUUACAAAAAAAAGGAUUGGGCACUUAUUUUCUGUGUCAGUUUACUAUGUAGUUUGCUAUUUAUCAAUAGGAUUAGGGCCCCAGCCCUCUGUUAUCGGUUGUAGGCCUACACAAUGUUGUUAUUACCAUUCAGUUACAUAGCAAUUGGAAAGAGCAACUUACAAAUACAUCUCAAACAGUUUGAAUUAUUUCCACAAUACAAUAUAACUUAGUUUAAGAAAUGCCACUCUGCAUAAUGAAUUUACUUAAACUUUCAUAUACAGUAGUCCUAUACCCUCCUCCUCAUCACCUGCCUGCCUGCUGUCUGUCCCCAUUAGGGUGAGAAGUACCUGGUUCUGAAGAAGAGGUACAGGCAGCAGAAGCAGGACAGUGAGACAGAGCCUGGGACAGACAGACAGGCCAGUCCUGCGGCCAGCCCUGCCAGGCCCUCGGCCUCAGCCCAGUGGGAUGUGUCGGGGGUCUCGUCUCGCCACACCCAGGGGGAACCAGACCCCCAGUCUGACCCGGCCAAGAGGGCCGAGGCGAGGAAGCCUUCACAGGUGACGUGGUGUGGAAGAGGCCCCAGCAUUACCAUCAAAGAGGCACCCAAGCAGGAGCACAUGCAGGAGGUGAGCUUCAACCAUGAUCAGUUUUGACAUUUUUGUUUUUGUUUCCCACAAAAAAAGAGGGAUGAGAUGCAUUGAUAGCAACCUAUCAACAUAAUGUUAUAAAGCUGAAAAUAACUCACACAAAUAGCAUAGCAUUAGAGAGGAAGAAGCAUGGAUUGAAAGCAAGACUUUGAAAUUAUCUGUCAUUUUAUGGACUUUAUGGAAAAAGUCAAACAAACGGCUUGUGCCAGUUACCAUAUCUUUACUCAAAGGGUGUAGCUGUUAACAACCUAAUUCUGGUUGUCAUUCCCAUUUUUGGUUUGAGCUGUGAAAUUCUUAUUGUAUUUCCUAAUACAUUUUAGGGUUAAUUGCACAAUGAUAUUUGACCAAAGUAAAACCCAGCUGUUCAGUUUGCCCAAUUUUGUUCUUUUUUCUCAUUGGUAUUUUGGUCAAUCAGAUCAGUUCUGAAAAAUAUCUGAUGUUAAAAGAUCUGAGGUGAUUGGUCAAAAUACAAAUUAGUCAAAAAAAUAUCAGAAUUGGGCUUCCUGUCUAAACGCAGUGUCACGAUCGUUUAAAGACUGGUCGAACCAAGGCGCAGCGUGAUAAGCAUAGACAAUAAACAUAGCACAACACGACACAGAAAAUACACACCCUGACUCAACAAAUACGAGUCCUAGAGUCAGGGCGUGACAGUACCCCCCCCCCCCCCCCCCCCCCCCCCCCCCGGAUCCGGCUCCGGGCGUGACCACCACUUACUCUCCACCUCCCUGUUGCGCCCCUGGUCUGGUCUGGACCUCGGCGCGCUGCUUCCCCUCUCCUUCCUCCCACGACGUACCAAGUCCUGUCUGGACCCUGGUGUGGCCGGACUACUCUGGCUCCGGAGUGGAUCCGCUGACCGGAGCUGGACUCGACCCCGGUGGAGCGGAUUGCUCUGGCUCCGGAGUGGAGCAGCUAACCGGUGCCGGACCAGUCACCGGUGGGACAGGCACGGGCUGUGCCGUACUGUACACACGCACCACUGGCUUGAUGCGAGGGAGCAGGAACGGGACGUACCGGACUGGCGACGCACACCACUGGCCUGUUGCGGGGAGCAGGAACAGACCGGGCUGGCGACGCGAACCACUGGCUUGGUGCGAGGGACAGGAACAGGCCGGACCGGGCUGGCGAUGCGCACCACUGGCUUGGUGCGAGAGGCAGGAACAGGCCGGACCGGGCUGGCGACGCGCACCACUGGCUUGGUGCGAGGAUCAGGAACAGGCCGGACCGGGCUGGAGACGCGCACCACUGGCUUGGUGCGAGGGACAGGAACAGGCGGGACCGGGCUGGAGACGCGCACCACUGGCUUGGUGAGAGGAGCAGGAACGGGCCGGGCCGGACUGGGAACACGCACCACUGGCUUGGUGCGGGGAGCAGGAACGGGCCGGGCCGGACUGUGGAGGCGGACUGGAGGUCUGGAGCGGAGAGCUGACACAACCCGUCCUGGCUGGAUGCCUACUUCCACACAAUAUGUGUGAGGCAUUAGCACAGGACGUACGGGGCUGUGCACGCGUACUGGCGAUACAGUACGUAGCACCGGUGCAGGAUAUACGGGACCGAGGAGGCGUACUGGAGACCACGAGCGUUGAGCCGGCACACCCUGUCCUGGCUGAAUGCCCAUCUUCGCACGACACGUGCGUGGUGCUAGCACAGGACGUACAGGACUGUGCCGGAACACUCGCGGCACAGUACUUAGCUCCGCAUAACACGGAGCCUGCCCAGUCACACGCUUCCUAACAUGAGUACGGGGAGUUGGCUCUGCUCUAACACUAGGCUACGCCAACCACCCUUUUAGCCCCCCCAAAAAAUUGUCUCUCGGGCUUCCUCCUCGGCCGGCACCUUCUGCGUUGCCGCUGCUCCUCUAUAGCGCGCCUCCACUGUCUCCUCCCAAGGACGGCGAUCCAUUCCGGCCUGAAUCUCCUCCCAAGUCCAGGAUCCCUUCCCGUCCAGGAUCUCCUCCCGGGUCCAUGCUGUCUGCUCCUGGACACGCUGCUUGGUCCUCAUUUGGUUGGGAUCUUCUGUCACGAUCGUUUAAAGACUGGUCGAACCAAGGCGCAGCGUGAUAAGCAUACAUGUUUAUUUAUGACUAAACACCACGACAAAACAACAAACGAAACGUGAAGUCCAAGGUAGCAUACACACAACAUACCUUACACGGAACAAGAUCCCACAACACACUAGUGCCAACAGGCUACCUAAGUAUAGUCCCCAAUCAGAGACAACGAGCUACAGCUGCCUCUGAUUGGGAACCACCCUGGCCAACAUAGAUCAAUACAUACUAGAUCUAACCAUAGACAAUAAACAUAGCACAACACCACACAGAAAAUACACACCCUGACUCAACAAAUACGAGUCCUAGAGUCAGAGCGUGACACGCAGCCUUAGUGUGUGUACAAGCAUCACUUUUAAAGAGAAUAAAUGCUAAGCCGAUAGUGUCAGUGUCCACAUAAGUAUGUGCAAACAAUAUUUCUACUCACACAGGAGAAGGGCAACAGUACAACACAAGUGGUUUUGGCAUGAUGUGCACAUAUAGUAUACUACCUAGAACUUUGGCAGAGUUACAGUAAGCAGGUGUAAAUCAAGAAUGCUCUUAUUAAAUGUAGAAUGGAGAGAUGGCCUCUGUUGAAUAGCAGACCCAGAGUUUUAAGACUAGGCUUAAAUGAUAAACAGCAUAACUAGGGAGAACCCCUUUUCCAGUGCUAAACAAAGCCUAACUCUACCCCUUACUAGGAGAAUCAACCAGGACAGCUAACAUCAACUGCCUGUACAUACAGGACGCCACAAACAAACUGCUAUGGAGCACGUUGUAAAAUGGUGUUCAACCCUGAGCUGAGAGAAAAGGACAGCCUUUCUACCUUUGCUCCUAAACCCCGCCCAUAAUGAUUAACCAAUGAGAAUGUACAUUUAAUUAGCUGAACUUUACUUUGUUAAUUAGACCAGGUAAUACUAUGGAAAACAUGAUUUAAGUUAAUUGCAUUCAGCAGUGUAAAUUACCAUAUUUAGUCAAGUGGACAUUAGUUUAAAAGACAGAGCUGCAUCAAAAAGAAUAUGAUUAGAGCUACUACUCAGAGAGACUGAGCUGCACGCUAUUUAUCUGAAGUCGCCAUACCUGGCUUCAACCUGAGCAAUCAACUCGGUAGCAAACAAUUAACGUAAGGCACACCUAUGCAUGGCAAUAGAUUGGUGCGGUGAAUUCCAAACCACCCCCUCGCCUCUACUAACUCGCUCGGAGGGCCUAUCCGUUGUCACGUGUUGCUGACGAUGACAACUCCGAGGGUGACUUCCAUCGAGUGACGAGAGGAUCAAUAAACCCAUCAACUUCGGGACACACUGGUGACUUGAAUGAUGCAAUUCAUGUUCCACAUUUAAAUAAUAAAACUAGCAUGAAAUUCUAAUUAACAAAGAUAUAAACCUCCGUAACAGUUAAACAUUUAAUUUAGAAGGUAUUUCAUUUGGUAAAUGUGUCAAGCCUAGAAAUCAGAUGAACAUAUGCCCCGGCAUAUAAUUAGGCACGCCUCUCCAUUCUUUUGUAUUAAAUUGCGCAAACUCCAAACAUAUCGCGUUUCGUGUUGGGAUAGCACUUGGCUGUGGAGCCUGCAACCUUGCUAGCUUAGAGGGUCUAACUAGCUCCUACACCUUCGAUAAUUUUCACUCCCUCAGCGUUGGGACACUUGUGCAUAUGGCGGUGUGUGUGAAUGCGCAAAUGGAGGGGGGAGGGGGGUGAUUUGGGAUUCAGCCAUGCACUUUAUCUGAACCACACAUGUACAGUGGGGAGAACAAGUAUUUGAUACACUGCAGAUUUUGCAGGUUGUCCUACUUACAAAGCAUGUAGAGGUCUGUCAUUUUUAUCAUAGGUACACUUCAACUGUGAGAGACGGAAUCUAAAACAAAAAUCCAGAAAAUCACAUUGUAUGAUUUUUAAGUAAUUAAUGGGCAUUUUAUUGCAUGACAUAAGUAUUUGAUACAUCAGAAAAGCAGAACUUAAUAUUUGGUACAGAAACCUUUGUUUGCAAUUACAGAGAUCAUACGUUUCCUGUAGGUCUUGACCAGGUUUGCACACACUGCAGCAGGGAUUUUGGCCCACACCUCCAUACAGACCUUCUCCAGAUCCUUCAGGUUUCGGGGCUGUCACUGGGCAAUACUGACUUUCAGCUCCCUCCAAAGAUUUUCUAUUGGGUUCAGGUCUGGAGACUGGCUAGGCCACUCCAGGACCUUGAGAUGCUUCUUACGGAGCCACUCCUUAGUUGCCCUGGCUGUGUUUCGGGUCGUUGUCAUGCUGGAAGACCAGCCACGACCCAUCUUCAAUGCUCUUACUGACAGAAGGAGGUUGUUGGCUCUCGCGAUACAUGGCCCCAUCCAUCCUCCCCUCAAUACGGCGCAGUCAUCCUAUCCCCUUUGCAGAAAAGCAUUCCCAAAGAAUUAUGUUUCCACCUCCAUGAUUCACGGUUGGGAUGGUGUUCUUGGGGUUGUACUCAUCCUUCUUCUUCCUCCAAACACGGCGAGUGGAGUUUAGACCAAAAAGCUCUAUUUUUGUCUCAUCAGACCACAUGACCUUCUCCCAUUCCUCCUCUGGAUCAUCCAGAUGGUCAUUGGCAAACUUCAGACGGGCCUGGACAUGCGCUGGCUUGAGCAGGGGGACCUUGCGUGCGCUGCAGGAUUUUAAUCCAUGACGGCGUAGUGUGUUACUAAUGGUUUUCUUUGAGACUGUGGUCCCAGCUCUCUUCAGGUCAUUGACCAGGUCCUGCCGUGUAGUUCUGGGCUGAUCCCUCACCUUACUCAUGAUCAUUGAUGCCCCACAAGGUGAGAUCUUGCAUGGAUACCCAGACCGAGGGUGAUUGACCGUCAUCUUGAACUUCUUCCAUUUUCUAAUAAUUGCGCCAACAGUUGUUGCCUUCUCACCAAGCUGCUUGCCUAUUGUCCUGUAGCCCAUCCCAGCCUUGUGCAGGUCUACAAUUUUAUCCCUGAUGUCCUUACACAGCUCUCUGGUCUUGGCCGUUGUGGAGAGGUUGGAGUCUGUUUGAUUGAGUGUGUGGACAGGUGUCUUUUAUAUGGGUAACGAGUUCAAACAGGUGCAGUUAAUACAGGUAAUGAGUGGAGAACAGGAGGGAUUCUUAAAGAAAAACGAACAGGUCUGUGAGAGCCGGAAUUCUUACUGGUUGGUAGGUGAUCAAAUACUUAUGUCAUGCAAUAAAAUGCAAAUUAAUUACUUUAAAAUCAUACAAUGUGAUUUUCUGGAUUUUUGUUUUAGAUUCCGUCUCUCACAGUUGAAGUGUACCUAUGAUAAAAAUUACAGACCUCUACAUGCUUUGUAAGUAGGAAAACCUGAAAAAUUGGCAUUGUAUCAAAUACUUGUUCUCCCCACUGUAUAUACGUUUAAGCAUUUUAGAUGAUAUUCACUUUAUGAAAUGCAUUUUAAAGACCUUUUUAAAAUGUUGAUGAGGCCAGACUAAGGCUGCCUCAUCACAGCCUCAUUCUGUAUGUUGUCUCUGUGCCUCCAGGACCAGGACACAGAGAGGACCCCCUCACCGUCCGUUUCGGAGAAACCCCUAGCGCACAGCAACGGAGAGGAUGAGCCAGACAGGGACUCCGGGUCAAAGGUGAGAGGCUAGUAACAGCAGGAGUAAAUCUCAAAAGUAUUUUGCUCAAUUCCUUGCGUCCUCUCUCCUCGCCUUAUUUUCAAAAAAAAUCGGAGGGAAGCACAGGGAGUGCUGGAGGAGAAGUUCUGAGGAGAAGAUAUCAUCCGAUGCUCUUCUCACCUCCCUCUCAAAACACCAGAGGGAGGCAAGGAGAGCAGGUCCUGGAGCCAGAGGACACGAGGAACAAGGAAAAUAAAUUUGAGAAUAAACUUUCCCCUAAUGUUACUUCGUCACAUUUCACCGUGUUGGACGUUUACAGGCCUUUGCCUCUGCCUCCCUAGUAAUACUUAUUAUUUAAUUUCUCUCUGAACAAAAUAGUGAGUCAUAGCAGGAACUGUUGCUGCAAAACUCCACCAGAUGGCAGUAGCUAAAUUACCUGGAUUUGAAACAAACCAUGGAUGUUUGAGAGUGGGAAACAAUAUGAGGGGGGCAACCAUUAGCAUUUGAAUGCUGCCCUCUGUUCUGUCAUUAUGUAAAGCAAGAUGCAACAACAUGUUUGAACUCAUUAGCACGCCCCCAUCCGCAUCAACGGGACCGCAGUCGAGAAGGUGAAAAGCUUAAAGUUCCUUGGCGUACACAUCACUGACAAUCUGAAACUGUCCAACCACACAGACAGUGUGGUGAAGAAGGUGCAACAGCGCUUCUUCAACCUCAGGAGGCUGAAGAAAUUCAGCUUGGCCCCUAAGACCCUCACAAACUUUUACAGAUGCACCAUUGAGAGCAUCCUGUCAGGCUGUAUCACCGCCUGGUAUGGCAACUGCACCGUCCGCAACCACAGGGCUCUCCAGAGGGUGGUGUGUUCAGCCCAAUGCAUCAUCACCAGGAGCACACUGCCUGCCCUUCAGGACAUCUACAGCACCCGGUGUCAAAAGAAGGCCAAGAAGAUCAUCAAGGACCUCGGCCACCCGAGCCAGGGCCUGUUCACCCUGCUAUCAUCCAGAAGGCGAGGUCAGUACAGGUGUAUCAAAGCUGGGACCGAGAGACUGAAAAACAGCUUCUAUCUCAAGGCCAUCAGACUUUUAAAUAGACAUCACUAGCCGGCCUCCACCCAGUACCCUGCCCUGAACUUAGUCACUGUCACUAGCCGGCUACCACCCAGUUACUCAUCCCUGCACCUUAGAGGCUGCUGCCCUAUGUACAUAGACAUGGAACACUGGUCACUUUAAUAAUGGAACACUGGUCAUUUUAAUAAUGUUUACAUACUGUUUUACCCACUUCAUAUGUAUAUACUGUAUUCUACUCUAGGCCAUCCUAUUUAGCUAUUGCUGUACAUAGACUAUUCUAUCCUACAUAUUCUUCAGAUAUACUAUAUAUUCUAUCCAUAUACUGUCCAUAAUUUCUAUAUAUCCCAUCACAUACUGUGUAUAUAUAUACAGUACCAGUAAAAGUUUGGACACACCAACUCAUUCCAGUUGUACUAUUUUCUACAUUGUACAAUAAUAGUGAAGACAUCAAAAUGAUGAAAUAACACAUGGAAUCAUGUAGUAACCAAAAAAGUGUUAAAUAAAUCGAAAUAUAUUUUAUAUUUGAGAUUCUUCAAAUAGCCACCCUUUGCCUUGAUGACAGCUUUGCACACUCUUGGCAUUCUCUCAACCAGCUUCACCUGGAAUGCUUUUCCAACAGUCUUGAAGGAGUUCCCACAUAUUCUGAACACUUGUUGGCUGCUUUUCCUUCACUCUGCGGUCCGACUCAUCCCAAACCAUCUCAAUUGGGUUGAGGUCAGGGGAUUGUGGAGACCAGGUCAUCUGAUGCAGCCCUCCAUCACUCUCCUUCUUGGUAAAAUAGCCCUUACACAGCCUGAAGGUGUGUUGGGUCAUUGUCCUGUUGAAAAACAAAUGAUAGUCCCACUAAGCCCAAACCAGAUGGGAUGGCAUAUCGCUGCAGAAUGCUGUGGUAGCCAUGCUGGUUAAGUGUGCCUUGAAUUCUAAAUAAAUCACAGACAGUGUCACCAGCAAGGUACCCCCACACCAUAACAACUCCUCCUCCUUGCUUUACGGUGGGAAAUACACAUGCGGAGAUCAUCGGUUCACCCACACUGCAUCUCAGAAAGACACAGCGGUUGGAACCAAAAAUCUCAAAUUUGGACUCCAGACCAAAUAACACAUUUCCACCGGUCUAAUGUCCAUUGCUCGUGUUUCUUGGCCCAAGCAAGUCUUGUUAUUAUUGGUGUCCUUUUAGUAAUGGUUUCAUUCAGCAAUUCAACCAUGAAGGCCUGAUUCACACAGUCUCCUCUGAACAGUUGAUGUUGAGAUGUCUGUUACUUGAACUCUGUGAAGCAUUUAUUUGGGCUGCAAUUUCUGAGGCUGGUAACACUAAUGAACUUAUCCUCUGCAGCAGAGGUAACUCUGGGUCUUCCAUUCCUGUGGCGGUCCUCAUGAGAGCCAGUUUCAUCAUAGCACUUGAUGGUUUUUGCGACUGCACUUUUUCGACUGCGACUGAAAUGUUCCGUAUUGACUGACCUUCAUGUCCUAAAGUAAUGAUGGACUGGUGUUUCUCGUUGCUUAUUUGAGCUGUUCUUGCCAUCAUAUGGACUUGGUCUUUUACCAAAUAGGGCUAUCUUCUGUAUACCACCCCUACCUUGUCACCACACAACUGAUUGGCGCAAACACAUUAAGAAGGAAAGAAAAUCCACAAAUUAACUUUUAAGAAGGCACACCUGUUAAUUGAAAUGGAUUUCAGGUGACUACCUUAUGAAGCUGGUUGAGAGAAUGCCAAGAGUGUGCAAUGCUGUCAAGGCAAAGGGUGGCUAUUUGAAGAAUCUCAAAUCUCAAAUCUAUUUUGAUUUGUUUAACACUUUUUUGGUUACUACAUGAUUCCAUAUUUGUUAUUUCAUAGUUUUGAUGUCUUCACUAUUAUUCUACAAUAUAAAAAAUAGCAAAAAUAAAGAAAAACCCUUGAAUGAGUAGGUUUUGACUGGUACUGUAUAUAUAUAUGACUCGUCCUAAUAUUUCUAUAUUUCUUAAUUCCUUUCUUUUACUUUUAUAUUUGUGUGUAUUGUUAGAUAUUGCUGCACUGUUGGAGCUAGGAACACAAGCAUUUCGCUACACCCACAAUAACAUUUGCUAAACGUGUAUUCGACCAAUAAAAUUGGAUGUGAUUUGAUUUUGAACCAUAGACAGAUUAAAUAUGUUAGAGUAUGUGAAUAUGGCACCACAAUCAGAUUACAGUGGCUUGCGAAAGUAUUCACCCCCCUUGGCAUUUUUCCUAUUUUGUUCCCUUACAACCUGGAAUAAAAAUUGAUUUUUGGGGGGUUUGUAUCAUUUGAUUUACACAACAUGCCUACCACUUUGAAGAUGCAAAAUAUUUUAUCUUGUGAAACAAACAAGAAAUAAGACAAAAAAACUGAACUUGAGGGUGCAUAACUAUUCCCCCCCCCCCCACCCCCCAAAGUAAAUACUUUGUAGAGCCACCUUUUGCAGCAAUUACAGCUGCAAGUCUCUUGGGGUAUGUCUCUAUAAGCUUGGCACAUCUAGCCACUGGGAUUUUUGCCCAUUCUUCAAGGCAAAACUGCUACAGCUUCUUCAAGUUGGAUGGGUUCUGCUGGUGUACAGCAAUCUUUAAGUCAGACAUAGCGUUUUCCUUGAUGGCCAAAAAGCUAAAUUUUAGUCUCAUCUGACCAGAGUACCUUCUUCCAUAUGUUUGGGGAGUCUGCCACGUGCCUUUUGGCGAACACCAAACGUGUUUGCUUAUUUUUUUCUUUAAGCAAUGGCUUUUUUUCUGGCCACUCUUCCGUAAAGCCCAGCUCUAUGGAAUGUACGGCUUAAGGUGGUCCUAUGGACAGGUACUCCUAUCUCCGCUGUGGAGCUUUGCAGCUCCUUCAGGGUUAUCUCUGGUCUCUUUGUUGGCUCUGAUUAAUGCCCUCCUUGCCUGGUCCGUGAGUUUUGGUGGGCGGCCCUCUCUUGGCAGGUUUGUUGUCGUGCCAUAUUCUUUAAAAAAUUUAAUAAUGGAUUUAAUGGUGCUCCGUGGGAUGUUCAAAGUUUAUGAUUUAUUUUUAUAACCCAACCCUGAUAUGUACUUCUCCACAACUUUGUCCCUGACCUAUUUGGAGAGCUCCUUGGUCUUCAUGGUGCCGCUUGCUUGGUGGUGCCCCUUGCUUAGUGGUGUUGCAGACUCUGGGGCCUUUCAGAACAGGUGUGUAUAUAUACUGAGAUCAUGUGACAGAUCAUGUGACACUUAGAUUGCACACAGGUGGACUUUAUUUAACUAAUUAUGUAACUUCUGAAGAUAAUUGGUUGCACCAGAUCUUAUUUAGGGGCUUCCAUAGCAAAGGGGGUGAAUACAUAUGCACGCACCACUUUUCUGUUAUUUAUUUUUUAGAAUUUUUUGAAGCAAGUUAAUUUUUUUCAUUUCACUUCACCAAUUUGGAUUUGAAAUGACACAAUGACUAUGACCAAAAGUAUUGGGGCAAAUUCACUUAUGUGUACUAAAGUAGUUAAUAAUGUGAAUAAUGAUGGUGUCGGACAAAUAUCUUACCCCCCCAGAAAUGCUAACCUCCCCUGUUAUUGUAAUGGUGAGAGGUUAGCAUGUCUUGGGGGUAUGAUAUUUGUGCGUCUGUAACUUUCUCACUCAUCAUUAUUCACGAUUCAUUCAGGAUUAUCCGUAAUCAGGAUAGCAUCCACAUUAAUGUAGAAGUAUUUAUAAUCAUAUUCUAUUCUUAUUUACAAUAAAUGUGACUCCAAAAUGACAUUCAUUUUUUACCAUUCAUUUCUGUUUGACACAGAAUAAUCUGAAACACAACCAAGACAAACAGCAAAUGCAUCCAACUAUUGAUGUAGUUAUUGCGUGCAAUGAAAAUAAGACCAAAUACGUAACUUUUUACUACGUUAAUACACAUAAGUGAAUUUGUCCCAAUACUUUUGGUCCCCUAAAAGGGGUUCACCCGAUAUGGAUAAAAAUACACUCAAAUUAAAGCUGACAGUCUGCACUUUAACCUCAUAGUCAUUGUAUCAUUUCAAAUUCAAAUUCAAAGUGCUGGAGUAUGGAGCCAAAACAACCACAAAUGUGUCAUUGUCCCAAUACUCACUGUACAAAGUAUGCCUACCUGGUGUCAUGAUAUCAUGAUUAUUUGCAUCAAUCCAGUAGUGGAGGGAUGAUACCAGUAUCACGAUACUCGUUAGUAUCGUAGCAAGGAAACAGAUUUGACUUCUUUAGGAAAAGAGCACUAAUGUUGGAAACAAACAUCAUUGUGUUGUCAUCCAGAGUCACAUUUUAUUUAUUUUCCAAGCUAUAGCACACAAUAUUUUACAUAGAGUAGGUUUUUAAAGGACCAAAGAAUUAGAUCUGCUUUGUGUUUUCAUUUUUGCAUUGUAAAACAAUAUUGCGAUACUGGUAUCGUCCUGGCCCUGCAAUCCAGUGGUGAUUUGUUUAGCAAACUCUACAAUUACAUGUGUGCUACAGAAACUCUGCUAACCAAACAAGUCUCUUGCUGGUGCUGUGUUGAAUUAAAGGGUAUCUACACCCAAAAAUGAAAAUGUCUUAGAUUUGUUCUAGACCUCAAAAGUAGUCUCCUGAUGUGGUUUUCAAGCAUUGUUGUGGAUUUAGAACAUCCAAUUUUGUUGUUUUUCUAUAAAUAAAUAAAAAGUGUGAUUUUGUAAGUGAAAAACCUGAAGAAAAAAGGAAACCUGGAAAAACUAAACGGAGAAAACGGAAUUUGGGAAAAAAAUAUAAGAUUUUUUAGGACCCUACACAUAAUAAUAAUAAUAAUAAUAUAUAAUAUUAAUAUUAUAAUAAUAUAAUAUAAUAUAGUUAAUAUAAUAACCAUCAUAUCGAAGUAAACUUGGAGUCAAGAGAUAUGUUGCGCUGUAAGCCUACCACCACAACGUGGAAAAGCAUGAAAAGUUUAUAGGCAGAUUAAAUAAGUUAUGAUUAACUUCACAUGGUGGUUAAAUGAUCAGUGAUAAUGCAAAUGUCCAAUAUAGGCUAAAUAUCGAGGGUAGGCUAUUAUUUUAAUGCUGGUGACAUGAUGAUCAGUGUUUGGCUGCCAAUUUAUCAAAUACAAUGAUUUUGCUCUUAUCCAUAUCUCAUCAUAUGUCCACUUUAUCAGCAAACUCUUGUCUAAAGAGUAUGGGCCAAUGCCAGAUUGGGCACGAUUGCUAUUUAUCGCAAUUUUUUUUGUGACAAAACCAUCAGUAGAAUUGAAAAUGCGAUGGAAACCCAUUUUAUUUUUAUUAGGUACAUGGGAACUUAACUGCAAAAGUCCUUUUUAUGUGCACUAUGUUAUCACACACAGCCUUUUAUCAGCAACAGGUCAGUUUGAUGGAAACACACCUGUGGUGCAUAUUGUUUUUAUGCAGAUUUUACUAUGUUCACAUUCAAAUCUGUCGCCAAUUGGAUGGAAACCUAGCUUGUGUUCCUAUCUUGUUGAAGGGGAUGUAACCAGAUCUCUAUAACUACAUAGAUCACAAUAAUGUAAAAGGGCCUCCUGAAUCUCACCACCUCUCUUAUGUGACAACGUUAGAAAGUGGGAGUUGUAUCAAAAAAUCAUUGAUGCUGUGGAAAGAACCAGUUAGAAAAUAUUCUCCUGUUUAAAAAAGCUGUUACACUGUGGCUGGUUGAACUUCCUCUUUGCGCAAAAAAAAACAGUUUUUACCUUGCCUGUGCUACUCUCAUUUGCUCUUGAAGAGCUUGGGAAGCUAAAGUAUCACUCUGUUCUAAACUGUGUUCUAAUCCAUGGUUCUAAACCUCUAGACAAAGAGAAUGGAAUUACAUGACAGAGAGGAGGAAAGUGCUGAGAGAUCCACUCUACAAAAUUAAACUCAACUGCCCAACAAUAUUUUUCUUCCCCUGUUAUUUUUAUUUCCAGCAGAGAAAAAGUGGACAUGUGCCAGUGGAUAAAUAGGCCUCCACUUUUCGUGUUAAACAAGGCAUGUAUGACAGCGACAUGAAAGACUUGUGUGUUUUUACACCAUGUCCCUGUAUGAUCUCAGAACAAUUAGCAAUCAAGUGCUUGACAAAACAAAACAUAUAGAAAACUGCCAUUUUCUCCCCACAUUAAUCAGCCAGAAUGACACUUGUGCAUUCAGAGAAAGGUGUGCUUUAUUUUCGGGGCAUUUCUGACCCCGUUUAAAACAGAGGGGAACACAGAUGGUGGGAUGGUCUCUGACCCAUGAGGAGGUCCACAGACAGACAUGUCUAUUGGUUAACAGUGGAGUUCACAGUUAUUAUCACAUUGACCCCUUGGUGUGAAACCUCUGUUUGCUCUGUGGCUCUGUUUGCCUCCCUCCUACCUGUCUGACUGUCUGACACUUGUUGGAUCACUUCUUCCCUUUUGAUGUCUGAGGUGAUAAAGAUCUAAACAGUGAUUAGUGUGUGUGUGUGUGUGUGUGUGUGUGUGUGUGUGUGUGUGUCUAUUAGGGCCUUAGGACAUUCAUUCUUCAUUCCUAUGUGGAACAACAUAAGGCCUCGGUUGGGAGAGAUGCCCCUGCUGCUUCAGCAUGCUGGAUCAAUAAUACUCAUGAUAUUACUCAUAUAAUAUGUCUUUAUUGUCCGUCCACUUUCAGUCCGAGUCGGAAGAGCAGGAAGAGAAGUGUACGGGCAGUAUGCGCUCCACCCCAGUGGCCGUGAGUUUCCACAUUUAUAUAUGCUAAUAUAUACAUACUAGACAUGAAUAUUAAUAAUACUGUAUAUACUGUACAUACUAGACGUGUACUUUAUGGACACUAUCCAUUUGCUUAGCUCAUCCACUCCCUGUCCUAAUCCCUGUCCUACAGCUGGACCCUGUGGAGAAGGAAUGGAUCUACUCUGCUACUUGUGGCCGUCUCUCUGACCUCUCCCAGCUGCUAAAACAGGAGCCCUCCCUGGCCAACAAGAAGGUAACCUCUACCCCUCCACCUCUGCCCUACACAAUGACACAAAGGCCAAGGUUUCCAAGAACCACCUUCAUACGUCUGCAUAACAUUGCAAUAUACAUCUUGUGGAUAAAUGGGUAGCUUUGUUUUAUUGGAUGCAACAGCUAAAAGUAUUCUAACAUGUUGAAUUCUAUAUAAGAGCAAAACACUAAAUUGAGUUACUCUCCUUCCCUCCUUCUAUUUCCUUAAUUUGACUAAACCAGGACUUCGUUUCAGUGAGUAUACUUUCUCCACGACUUUGAUUAGGAAUAUUUGUAUGACAUUUAUAUUAGGAUUGACCGAUUAUUUUCUUUCUUUUCUUUUUGGAAUCUGCUAUGUUGUUCCUGACUGACCAUGACUCUCUGUCAGGGGGUAAGUGAAUUGAGUAUUGAUAUCCCAUUGUUGUAUGGGUCUACUUCAUAUCUUGUUUAUCUCAAUUCUUGACCACAAGUUUCUAGAUUGCUUGUACUGAAAGUUGAUAAUAUUCUGAAAUGAUACCUAUUGUUUUAUAAAACCUAUAAAAAUGCAUUUCAAAUAGUCGACAUUCCAUUGUUAUUUUUCCGUUAAUUGUAUUCUAAAAACCCUGUGAUGUACACACAUCAAGAUCAUGCAUUUCAAAGGCGCAACUAUCAAAAGGAUUAUGGAAGAUAGCUUUUUAGCUCCUGGAGCCCCCCCCCCUGACAACCCAAAUCCCUUUAUUGGUCUCCCUGUGCGCUCAAGAGAUUUGGGUUCAUGUUUGUUGUCCCUCCCCUGUGUUGGGGUUCUCACACUGUCCUGUGUCAGACCACCUUCUAAGACCUAUCCCUAAGCCCUUGCCAUCAGCAUUCCCACCCAGACAAGAUACCAGGGUCGCCAUUGAAGUGCAGGGAGAUGGGAGGGGGGAUUAGAGAGAGACUCUUAAUGCUCCACAAAGACUUCAACCACUUAAAGAUAAUCUGAAAGUUAUAGAGCAGGCUGGGAUUAAUUGAAGAACAGUGUUGGCCGUGUCCCCGGGAAGGAGCUAAAUCUCCCUCGGGCGGCUUUGAUGCCCCCCCCACCCCUUCACCCUUCGGUGGUGAAGUCACUUUUACCUAGGGCUUGAAGUUGAGGAGGACUGGGUGCCGUUUGUGGCCUAGUUCUGUCCCCAUCAGACAAAGUUUAGACCACUAAUAAACUUUGACUUUCCCAAUAGCAGAUGCAUUGUGUAGCUACAAUCUCCUCCUCAACUAUCAUUGACAAGGAAUUGCUAAUUCAAAGACCCACGUAUGUUAACCCCAUCUAACAUAUCCUAUUUCUUCCUGAUCUCUCUCUCUCCUUUUCGUCCUCUACACGUGACAUGUGCUCCCCCCUUCUGCCGUGCCGGACUGUGACGUACUUCCUCUCACCCUGCAGUUUGUAAGUAAAUCAUUCUCCCAUCACUCCUCAGUGGUCUUACUAUGAACAGGAAAGUGUCACAGGCCAUAGGUCAUUGUGUCAGAUGUUUCCUAUUGACCAACCCUUGUCCCUUUGGACACUACUUACUCCCACAUUGGGUGCAUGACACACACACACUGAGUGGGUCAUCGGUCAGGCAGGAAUGCGGGGGGUGGCCCCAGCGGGCGAGAGGCACGAGGAGAGGAUGACGCCACAUCCUGUCCCACCUCGUCCGUCACUCCCGCCCACUAGGAGACCCGCCAAGCUGCCACUCAAACGGCCCAGCCGACCAAUCCGUCUUCAGCGUGUGACAGGGCAGACAACAGAGAUGGAGAUACUCAGAGCCAGACUUCAUCUAUCACAAUCUGUCUCCCAGACUGGUUUUGGACAUCUAGAGUUGUAUCCCCCCCCCCCAACUGCCACGAGUUUUGAUAUCGAGGUUGUUAUAUAGUUCACAGAGUUUGUGGUAUGGUAGUGUGCAAUGCAGGAGAUGAAGAAAUGCCAUUAAGGCCUUGAACAAGCACAAGGAUGUUCAUAGAUAGUGAGCUCAAGCUGCCUAGCAAACUCUAUAGUAAAGUAAAGACCGUUCUUAGUCUUGAUUGACAAAGAUAACCUACUUCUCAUCGUCGCUCUGCUCUCCCUGUUCCACGUCUGGAGUCAGACUGAGAAACAUAGAUGUUGUGGUUCACAGACUGACAUCUGCAGCCAAGCUCUGCACACAGACACACACACACUCAUUAAGUCCCACGCAAACCACAUCCACCUUUCAGACAUCGUGCCGCUGCUGUGAUAAACUGUGUUACUCUUGUCAAUGGGUCUCUGAGCACUGAGCACUUCAGGCUGUGUAAUUAUGGGCGAUUCAGCAGGUGAAAUUGUGGUCAAUUGUGUGCAUGUUGUAUCAGAGCGUGUAUGUUCGUGUGUUUGCGCAUGCAUGCAUGCCUGUGUGUGUGUGUGUGUGUGUGUGUGUGUGUGUGUGUGCCUGUGUGUGUGUGUGUGUGUGUGUGUGUGUGUGUGUGUGUGUGUGUGUGUGCACAGGGGGCACACAGCGUGGUAGGGCCCUAGCCUUGUCUUUCUGACGGCUGAGUGCUGACAGUGGGGCGAUUCCUGGGUGGGUCUCCCUCGCUCCCCUCUGAGGGUCACACCAACAUCAUCAAUCUUCCUCCCUGUGACAGGCAGCUGCCCCCCCUUCCCCCCCGGUGUGGGCACAGUGCAGUGUUGUUUUGUAAUUAGGCUCCGUUAGAUGGCAGGAAACCAUCCCUUCGUCCCUCCCUCUACCUCUCCCUCCAUCUCGCCACUCCUCCUGUGCACAGCUGGCCCACUGCUUCAGCCAGCCUAUCAGAGCUCUCAUCUGAUCCACAGUGUUGAAACCGCUUGGUAGAGGAGUAAUGAUGCUAUGCCAAUUACUAUCUACUGACUAACCGCUACUGGGAAUGUAUCUACAAGUAUCUGUGUAUAUGUCAAUACAAUACAAGCGUUUCGCUACACCCGCAAUAACAUCUGCUAAACGUGUAUGCGACCAAUACGAUUUGAUUUGUGUGUACAUCAAUACAAUACAAGUAUCUGUGUGUAUGUCAAUACAAUACAAGUAUAUGUCAAUACAAUACAAGUAUCUGUGUAUAUGUCAAUACAAUACAAGUGUCUGUGUAUAUGUCAAUACAAUACAAGUAUCUGUGUAUACCAAAAAAUUGCAACUCCUGUGUCGGUGUUGCAGUAAAGGGCUUUUGUUCUGUAUAGGGAAAUAGUUUGGUUCAAACCACUGUAUUUUGUGAAUGGCUUACAUUUCCCCCUCCUUGUUCUGGACACAGACAGCUCUACACUGGGCAGCCAAACAUGGCAAAGAGGACAUGGCUACCAUGGUGGCUAACGCAGGGGCUGACGUUAACACUAGAUCUGUGAGUAUGCUCUUGUCUUUUGUGAAUAUGGGGUGUAUUGUGUUCUGUAUUGUAAUUUCUUAUGCUAUUGGGAAUGGUAUGUUAUAAAAUAUUGUCAUACUCCUAUUCUUAUUUUCUUUCAGCAUGUGAGUACCUCCUCUUUCAGUACAGUAUAUCAUACACAGGAAGUGAUCAGGUAAUAGGUAUGUUGUUUGUAUAUUUGGAGGCCGGCCAGGCAGAUUGGUUACCAAGGCAACGAGCCUCUGGGUUGCAGCCAGGUUAGUUGUGUUCUGAGGUGUUGGUGAUGUAAUGGUUCCUGUGAAGAUCCAGCUGUGCAAAUGCAUUACAGCACACACACACACACAGUCUUGUAUAACUAACCUUGUGGGGAUGCAUAAUUCAGUCUCAUCCAAAAUCCUAUUUUCCCUAACCCUGAACCUAACUCCUACCCUAACCCUAAACCUAAUUCUAAUCCUAACACUAAUUCUAACCUUAACCCUAAACCCCCUAGAAAUAGCAUUUUACCUUGUGGGGACUAACAAAAUGUCCCCAGUUGGUCAGAUUUGUGUUCGUUUACUAUUCUUGUGGGGACUUCUGGUCCCCACAAGUAUAGUAAAACACAUCCACACAGUGUCUACUAAUAAAUCAUGUCAAUUGUGUAAAUGUAUUACCGUGCCAAACUCAAACAACUAUGGCAAUUUUCUGAGAAUUACUAGCAAUUAUGUAUUUUGUCAUUACGUUGUGUUGCCAUAACCUCUGGUAAUUUGUAUAUUCUCUCCUUUCAUGUUUUCAUUGGCUGUGUUGGGGCCAUGGGAAACUCUAGGGGGUAGGUAUUAAAACGCCUUGUACAUUUUUCCAGGGUUGAACCUUGAACUCUGCAUACAGUGGAUGUAAGAGGUUAUGUUCAAAUAGCUGUAUUGGACAGCCUGUUUUGUUCUUGAAAAAAACACGGUUAUACAAUUUGCAUUAUACCCCUAUGUCUUUGGUGGGGAAUACAUUUGCAUAAUCUUUCACUUUUUGUUUUGCAGGGCUAUACACCCCUGCAUAUUGCAGCGUUGCAUGGCCAUCGACACAUUUUGGAGCUGCUCAUUGGAAAAUAUGGUAAAUGACAGGGAAAGUUAACCCACAUGCUUUUUGUCUUUGGGGUGUGGAAUGGAGGGUAUCAAUGCAACAGGUCAUCUAUUAUCUUUCUGCCAUUGAUUGCCUUUUUCUAGGUACAUUUUUUCUUAUAGUCAUUGUUUGACAUGUUCUUCCUUUCCUCUCAGGUGCGAAGAAGAAUCUGCGGGACUACAGCGGCCAUCUUGCCUGCCAGUACCUGAACAUCAGGGAGCCUACAGAGGAAGACAGAACAGCUCCAGAGGAGAUACGUGAGUGUCUCUUACUAUUUUAUUUUUGACUCUCUGACAUCUCUGAAAUGUUGUCUAAACACAGAAAUGAUCAAAGACCCCAAUAUUUCCCUUCCCAGUCUGAUACAGAAUAACAUUGUCAUACCAAUGCCUGUGGCUUUGUUACUAAGAUCAAAAAGGUCAUCCUUACAGUUAGGUUUCAGCCUUACAUAGAAUGUAUUAUACAACUAUGGUGGUCUGUAUUUUGUUCAGAGUUCCCUGAGUUCCAUGUGACCCAGGCCAGAGACUGCAGCAGGAACAGGAAGUUGGUCUCGUUGUUCCAGUCCAAGAAGAAGUGGGGCUCAGCGGAGGAGCUAGCCCCUGUAGAGGAGAGUGUGGCACUAGCACGCCAUCAACUCAUGGUCCCCGCAUUCAGACCCAGGAAAUUCUCACGCUAA